CGCGCGCACCAGCUCGAUGAUGAGGCUGCCUUUGGCGAUGGAAUCGAGGGAGAGGCAGGUCAUGGUAGCAGGGACAGGGGACUCGUCAGGGUGUCAAAUGCAGUGGUGGAGGAGGAGAGGGCGUGGGUCGAGCUGAUGCACGGCGACCAGGGUGGCUUGCUUGAUGGGGACUACGACGAUGACGACGACGAUGACAUCUACGAGUGGGAAGGCGGUGGACGGGCCGGCGGCGCGACUUAUGCCGCACAGGAGUCGCUUACGCAGGACUGGGACAAGCCGACGCUGGAUACGCAGUGCCCAUAUCCCAUGGGAAGACCACGUCUUUCCGCUUGCGACGGCCGAUGACGGCGAAGCACUCCCAUCGGAACUGCACCCGUCGUACCCCUACGCGAAUGCCUUUGAGGCAAUUGGGGCAGACGCCUCGUAUGCCUCGCGACCCAAGCUCGCUCCGAGGCUUCACUUCCAGUAUCGCAUCGCCGGCGAGACGCAGGCCGCCGAUGGAGGUGGGAACCCUGAGGGCAGCCAGAGUCGAAGGAGGCGUCAGGGAAGGGGCAAACGUGGGAGGCAUCUUACGAACCAGUCAUCGAGAGAGCCUCUACCUACGCAUAUUUCGCUGAGGGCGCAGCACGAGACGAGGGCGAACGAGCCCGUCUGGCCGUUCAAGAGAUUCGGACCGGGUCAGGGUGGUCAGGGGGCACUUCAGAGGGCCGAAUCAUUGCACCCCUGGCGGCCUUACAAGGACGUAUGGGCCGACUUGGGCCUACAAGAGCUGUGGGACACAAAGAAAGGACGAGACCCUUGGGCAGCCGACGCGGCAGACAUUGACCCGCUCAAGAUGGCCACGACGAGAAUCACGCUGAGCCAGCGAGAGGGCGCAGAAGAGCCUCCGGCGCACGACAUCUAUGCGAUGGAAGAGUACGAGCUCUUUGCAACGGGCCGCCGUUUCGGCAAGGGCAGCAGCAGCAGUGCUAAAAAGGGAGCGUUGAGAGACGAGAGACCAGCAUGGAUUUGGGGCAAAGGCCGAUGUACAGAGGAACCGUAGUAAUCUAUACCCCACUACUUGUCCUUGAUGGGGAAGUCGCUGCCAGUGGCACUCUUGUACUGCGACCUGAUCUGGUCGGCAAUGAGGUUGUCCUUGGUCUGCUCCGUAGCCGUCUCAUUGUCCUGUGGGCCCUGUCCCAUGCGCUCCUGGACCAUGUCGAUGCCCUGCGUUCACAAGUGGACCAUGAUAUAGUCAGUCUCGAGACGGCAACAGAAGGGGAGCAGCAUUAAGCGUGUGACGUACCUUGUCGA